AUGGAAAACUUCAACAAAUUGUAUUCAUCUGAAGACUUUGUGGAGCAAGUUCUAUUAGAACUUCCUUCAAAAUCUUUGAUGCGAUUUCAGUGUGUAUGUAAUUUGUGGUGUAGUUUAAUAAAAACACCUAGUUUUGUAGCCAAACACCUCUCCAAUUCUAUGCGAGCAUCCUCUAUACCCAUCCUUUUCAAGCGACAAGUCCUAAAAGAUAAGGACAAUAAGAUUAAGGAUGAGAAUGAACUUGAUAUUGUUGAUAAUGUGGAAACUCUAUUAUCAUCAAUUCAUCUAUGCAAUGAGGAAUAUGGUGAUUUCCAUCUAACAACUCUUGUUGAAGAUCUUAAAGUUCCGCUUCCAGCUCCUCUGAAGUUAAAACAUUCUUCGGAUCUUACAAUUGCCGGUCAUUGUGAUGGUAUCAUAUGUGCUAAACUUUUCAUUGGCAACGUCAUUUUAGGCAACCCAGCUAUGAAGGAAUUCAAGCUUGUUCCCAAGUCUUUUCUUCUCCUUCCCAAAGAUGACUUUGAUCUCUGGUCGCUUGACUAUGAAUUAGACUGUUACUCAGAGUAUUUGGGGUUCGGCUAUGAUCCUAAAGGUAAUGAUUACAAAAUUGUUAGAUUCGUAAUGUAUUCUGAGUCAUCUUAUUGGUUUGGAGCAGAAGUAUAUACUAUGCGUUCUAAUGCUUGGAGAAAGAUCGAGACCGAAUACGAAUAUGACCCGUGUAGGACUUCUCAUGUUGAUUGGUGCGCUAAUAUGCCUAUAUACUUCAACGGAAUAUGUUACUGGCACGCAAAUGGUUACCACAUGGAAUGUUCGGAAUUCAUUCUAUCAUUUGAUAUGGGUAACGAGCUAUUUCAUAUGAUAUUGAUUCCAGAUUUGGCUGAUGGAUGUAAAGUUGUGACGCUUGCCAAGUGGAAAGAGUUCAUUUCUCUUUUGACAUAUCAAGAACAAAUUGGAGUUCCUCAAUCUUACGAAAUGUGGGUAAUAGACAAUGGUUCAUGGACAAAAUAUUUAACUAUAGGACCUGUGGAAGGUGACAGAAUUCCGUUGCUAUUUUGGAAUAGUGACAAACUUCUUAUGGUUACUGAUAACGAUGGGCAUAUUGUCUCAUAUAACACUAGCACAAAAAUAUUGAAGUAUCUUCCUAUUAAUUUCAUGAUAGACGUGUAUAAUAGUCAAGCACUUGUUUAUGUGGAUAGUAUUGUCUCCAUCAACGGGGGUAACAUACUUGAAGAUAUACAUAUUUCUGCUUUUUAUGGGAGUGGUAAAUUUUAUUGUAAGCACGGAGAUGCGGUCGAUAUUUCUGCAUUUUAUGGGACUGAAAAGUUAGAGUUGUGA